GCAGAUGGACAGGUUGGACACGCCCGGCUCCUGGACUCCUGUUUAACUGAGUGAAAGUAGGAUUAGUAGUAGCAGUAACAGUAGUAGUAGUAGUAGCAGUAACAGUAGUAGUAGUAGUAGCAGUAGUAGUAGUAGUAGUCUGGUCUGACAGUUCUUCUUCUUCUUCUUCUUGUGGGACUAACAUCGUCCACAGCUCCACCAUGAGGCUCGUGUGCCUCCUCCACCUCAGACUCCUCCACCCAGUGCUCCUCCUGUGGACUCUCGUCUCAGUGUCCGGUGUGUGUCCUGGUCGCUGGCUGCUCUUCAGAGACAGAUGCGUCGCUGCGUUUCCAGUUUGGGCCGAGUGGAGCACGGCCGAGUCUCUCUGCUCUCAGUCGGACGCUCACCUCGUCUCGCUCCGUUCCUAUGACGACGUGGAAUUUGUUGGUAAAAUCGUGGUUAAACUUGGCGUUCCCGUUUGGAUCAGAGGAUCGGAUGUUCCUCAGGUAAAGGCCCUAGGACAGAAAAGAGGAAUCACCACAGCAACAGUAAACCAGAGGCGUCCAUCUUAGAGGGACAGGAAGUCAUGUGACAGUGGACAGGAAGUCAUGUGACAGUGGACAGGAAGUCAUGUGACAGUGGACAGGAAGUCAUGUGACAGUGGACAGGAAGUCAUGUGACAGUGGACAGGUGCAGGUCUAACCACAGACUUCGUGUAAACGCACAGAGUGAACCUGCUGAUAAACCAAACCCGUUCAAGAAGUUUAAAGAUUUGAAAUUGAGAAAUAAAAAAAUGAAAGUGUAAAAUAAAUGCACUUUGUAAAAUGUAAUGUUCUUCAUUAACUGAGUUUGAAGUGAACGGUCCAGUGUGUUUAAACUAAAACUGAUCCUCACACACAAAAUGGUUAAGGUUCAAGCUAAAAUCAACUCAAAUGUAAAAUCUUGUGUUUUGUUUCAUUCUCACAUGUUUAACACAAACAAACCUGCAGAUUUAGGCUGAGUUCUUCUCUCAAACUGAAAACACUCUGUUCCACCUUGUCCAUCUAUCUACAACUGAACUAAAGGGAAAAGGAGCUGUUCACUGGAAAACUACCACAUGAUGACAUCACAAGAGAAGCUCGUGGGGGAAGAACAACAGUGACGCCGUGUGUCAGGGAAUAGAAAGUGAAGGUGGUGAGGUGAAGAGCGCCCCCUGUGAUGAGCUCAGGUUUUACAUCUGCUCCAGACAAAUGAGUUUGGAAGAUCAAAACAUCGAUGAAGAGGCCGACGCUCCAUCAGGCCUGUCUCCGGGGCAGAGUUUGUCGUCUGUGAUGUGGGGGCGGAGUCACCUUGUGGCGGAGGAGAUCCUUGGCUCCUCCUCCUUCCUCCUCCACCUCAGGUCAGGCUCCAUCACACAGAGCUGCUACGACCGUUUCAGUCGACAGGAGGCGCUGUACCUGGGGCUGGUUCACAGGACGCUGGAGGCGUCGUACGACCCGGACGCUGACCCGGACACUGACCCGGAGGUGGGCUGUCUGCUGCUCGACACAAAGGAGCUGUACAGGAGCAGAUCCUUCGCACAGGAUCCUGCUGCUGCCCCCCGGUGGCUGCGCUUUGCCCUGCAGUCCUUUCACUUUGUAGUUGUAGACAACCCUCUUUACCUGUUGGUGGCGCUGUCGGCUCGCUCUUUCCUGAACAGCUUUGUGUUGGAGUCCGUUCCUCUGCCGGGGUUUAUGCGCAGCCCCGAGUCUGAAAGUCUGUACCAAAGAUGGAGGGAGGAGGCGGAGGAGGAGCUCACACUCACACACAGAUUCAAAGACGUGAUUGAAAAACAUCAAAAUAAAAGUGACAUUUAUAAAACCAUCAACGUCUUCAGAGAACACCUGAUGAACCAGAAGAUCCUCCACAGGCACAUAGAAUGUGAAGAAUAACGAAUGAAACAGUCACCCUGUGAGAGGACGGAGGACCCCAGGGGGUCGUCCCCCAGGAGGUCGUCCCCCAGGAGGUCGUCCCACAGGAGGUCGUCCCCCAGGAGGUCGUCCCCCAGGAGGUCGUCCCACAGGAGGUC